AUGUCGCCGGUGCCAGAAGACGUGGCGGAAACGAUCUACGAAAAACGGCUGUCGUUGCACCAGAUCCAACAGAUCCGAAUAUGCUCGAUCUCGUCGUCAGGCGUGUCGAUCCUGCUGGGGCUGGUGUUCGUGUACUUCUUUGGAAUGAUCCAUCCGACGCGGCGCCACUUCCGGCACUACCUUGUGCUGCUGUUGAUUGCGUUCGACUUCAUCAAGGCGACGUCGAUCCUGGUGUUCUCGUGCGUGUCGUUCAACCGGGUGACGUCGCACAACAAAGCGCUCAUCCAGGGGAUAGGCUGGCUGACGGUGUUUGGGAUCGAGGGCGCCGACGUGGUGAUCUUGAUGUUUGCGGUGCACAUGGCGCUGUUGAUCUUCAACCCGCAGCUGACGCAGGUGAAGCAGAAGCUGAUCCAUUGGAUCGCCACGACGCUCCACGUCGACGUCGACGCCAGCGACGAGCACCCGUUCCGACACAGACUCGCCAGUACAGGCGUGGUCCGCUGGACACAGCACAUGCUGGGCCGGAGGGCCGCCCAGGAGAAGCACGACGACGACGACGCUGCAGAGCGGGGCCCGGCGCCCCCCGGCGUCAGACGCCGCUCCGAGGGCGGCUUGUACCGCCAUCGUUACAGCGUUCUUCUCAUUGCGUUUCUCUUCCCCGUGUUGGUCUCCUCCGUGAGCUUCUACAUCAAAAACCCGUACGAGGAGUACGUGUACUGGUCGUUCUUCCGGGUGUGGACCGGGCCGUGGUACUUUUCCUGGACGCUCCGACACGUGAUUGUCGUCCUGAUCAUGUUCAUCUACAUCUCCAUCUACGUCUACGUGAUGUCCCAGUUCAAAAGCGUCUCGCGGAGCAUGAAGAAGAGGGCCGCCAGGCCCGACCUCGACUCGGAGACGAGCAACGCGGGCAACAGCAGAGCCGACGACGGUGACGAUGGCGACGACGACGAUAGCGACAGCGACAGCGACAACGACGUCUUCCUCAACACCUUCGGCGACUCUGUUUGGUACAAGAUCUUCCAGUUCCUGUCCAUGCUCGUCUUCCCCGACGUGCGCAUCUCCGCCAAGCUCCACGGCCACGGCUUGACCACCAACGAGGACCUGGCCAACAUCGAGCGCUUGAAAAACGAGUCCAUCAUCAACGAAAGCGUCAACUGGAGCAACAACAACGGCGUCGGCAAUGACGUCAGCUCCUCAGAGAUCCUCAGACUCAACUCAUCCUUCGCCAACGUGCAGAACAAGGAGAUCUCCAAGCAGAUUCAGAACCUGCUUUACGAAGAGGCCAUGCAGCGGUUUGCCACCCGCAAGUCCCAGAUCAUGCGCCAGAUGAAGGUCAUCUUCAUCUACCCGAUCUCCUACAUCAUCUUGUGGCUAUUGCCCUUUAUCAACCACUACCAGGUAAUCCGCACAGGAACCGAGUCACUGUGGUCCACUGCCCCAAGCGCCAUUUUCCAGGCUCUGAACUGCUUUGUCGACGUCUUGGUGUUCUUGUUAAGAGAAAAGCCAUGGCAGCUGACCAAGGGUGUCGACGACAUAAGUGGGAUGUCUCCCUUUGUUUCCCAAGAUAGUAGCUCGCUCCAGUCGCACGGCUGGAGACGCCGUGUCUCAUGGUUGCCAGGUUAUGGAGGUUACUCGGAUGAUUCCGAAGGUGUCGAGUCAGCAGAUUUGGAGUUGGAAAAGGGUAGCUUCUCCAACCGAGUUGCGUAUGGACGCAACUCACAGACUCUCACUCUUCACGGAAAUGACCAGGACGAUGGUUACUACCUGCAUGGGCGUCACCUAGGAAGCUUUGAAGAAGAGAAGGAUACCGAUUCUAUGUCUAGGCCUAACUCCAAAGGAUACACACCAAGUAAUGAUGAUGAGGAUGGCAACGACCAAUUUGAUCAAGAGGUGGACCUGAAAGACUUCCUCAAUUCGAAUUCUCCAAGUCGUUCCUCCCAACGGAAAAAGCGUGUCAAUUAUCAUUCCUCUAUGGGGAGACCUAGAUCUAAGCCAAAUUCUCUAUCUAUGACACCCGCAAACCCAACCCAUAUGGACACUAGUCCAACUUGGGGGGCUCGUGGCUCGCUGUCUUCUUCAAACAGGAGCAACGUCAACGGUGCCUCUGGGAGCCGGAGGAAUUCGCAUCUAUCCUGGCGUACAUGGUCGUUCGGCUCGAGUCCAUCCAACACUGCGGGGCGGCAAAAACAGGAUAGAGAACUGGACCCAAUCUUUGGAUCCUUCAUCAACGACAAUAAUGCAGUCGACUCUAAGUUGAAAUUGAAAGAGAGUUCAAACGACGUUAAUUGGAAUCUACACAUGUUUGACCACGGUCAACGUCGUGUAUACGACAGUAGGGGCAACGUGAAAUCCACCCCUAACAAUGUUGUUAACUAUAGUAGCAGCAAUAGCAGUAGUUACAGACACAACAGCGGUAGCAGCAACAACGGGAGCUACAGCAAUGGUAGUAAUAAUAUGAACAAUGGUCAUCGGGGUAAUAAUAAUAACAAUAAUAGCAACGCAGGCUUUGACGAAGAAAUGGAUUUGAUGGACUUCUUGAAGCUUGGACAAAAAGGUUAA